AUGAAACUAUCUUCAGCAAAUAAAGUAAGUUCACAUAAUAAAAGUAGGGAUAAUUUAAAUUCUCAAAAAGAAAUAAAUGAGAAAAGAAGUAAUAUGGAAUCUGGAGUUUGGAACAAAAUACUUGGUUUAAUAAAAAAUUCUCUUGGUAUUUCCUCACCUAACUCUGCAACGAAAUACAAGGUAUUUGAAAAGGAUAUGUCAGAAAAUUUAAUUUAUAAUCCAAAGAAGAAAACUCAAGAAUUUUAUGUAGAUAAUAUUAACAAGUUUGAAUAUAGUAAUAAGUCAAAGCUGAAUGCAUCUCUAUUAUAUCACAGCUCUGAUUAUAAAAAACUUACAAACUCUUCAAAAGAGCACAUAAAAAAAUUACCAUCACCUAGUUCUCUUGGAAUAUCAUUUGCAGAACAAAUACUUAGUUAUGACUGCAGUACAUAUGAUCCAAAAUUAAGCCAUGGAAUUAGUCCUGUAACUCCUACAACAUGUGAUAGUAAUUCAGUAGCUACAUCUUCACCAUUAUCAACAAACAUACAAACUCCAAAUUCAAUUUUGAGUAGUAAUAAGAGCGUUGAAAUUGUUGAUAAUUCACCAAUUAGAGUUGAUAGUAUUCCAAAUAUAAAUAAUUAUGCAGUUGAUUUCUCAACAGAAGGUAAAUUCAAAUCCAAAGAUUGCACGGAUUAUUAUUCAAUAACUAAUUUAAAAAAUACUUCUCUUACAUCUAAUAUUUUAGGAAGUAGACAAACUUUUAGUCGUGAUUGUGAUUUUGAAGAAAUUACAAGACCAAUGCCACAAUCGUUGUCUAGUCCUUGUUUAAAAUUAUUUGAUUAUAAUUAUAAAGUUGGAUUUGAUACAGUUUCUUAUUCAUCUACAGCUUCAUUACUGAAUAAUACAACAUGUAAAACUAAGAUUCAGAAUUUCUCAUUAAAAAAUACUCAAUUAAAUAAGAGUACUGAUUUACAGUUUAAAAGUAAAGAUAACUUUGAUAUUACUUUUUAUUCUUGGAAGGAGUCUAAGAAGUUGAUUAAUAAAUUAAGGAAAGCUUCGGAUACAUUCAAACUUAGUGGAAUUCCCUAUUCAGAAUGGAAAUUAGAAAAAAUCCCAACUCUAGGAGCUUCACCAACAAGUUGUAGAGUUCAAGAGAUGUUCAGAGGUACAAUAAAAUCAGAUUUUAAGAAUUCUAGGGAUGAAGUUCAACAUGUCUUUAUUAAAAGAGUGCCAAUAAAUAUUUGGAUGAAACAAUGGGAAAUGCAUGAAAUUUGGGAUGGGGAUUAUGUAACUGAUGGAGAAGAUUUUGUUAUGGAAGCAGCAGCAUUAGCUUUCCUUCAAAAAUAUAGCCAAGGAUUAGCACCAAAAUUAUUAGCAGUUCUUGAGCAUAAAGAUGCAACAGAUUUAAAUAAUCUGUCUAAAAACUUCGAAAUUGCUCCAGUAUCUAGAAGCUUUAGAGUUUCAAAAGAUAUAACACACAUUAUAUUGGUAUCGGAGCUAUAUGGAGAUGAUUUACUUGAUUAUUUAGAUCGUAGAGAAAAAGAGAAAAGUCUUCUAACAUUUCAAGAGAAAAGAAAACUUCAAUAUAAUCUAGCACUGCAACUAAACCACUUACAUCUAAAAGGACUUUGUCAUUUAGAUUUUACACCAGAGAAUAUCUUAGUUGGACCUCAAGGGAUAAGUAUUUGUGACUUUGCUAAAGCUACUCCAAUAAUAACUAAAUAUCCUUGUCAUACACAUUAUAUAAAGGAUGCUGAUGAACCCUUAAGGCAUAUUAAAAAGGCUACAAAUUCACCAAGUAACUAUUUUGAAUUUGAAAGUUGUGAGCCAACUGUUGGAAAAGGGGCUUACAUGCCCCCUGAAUGCUGGAGAAUAUUUUGGAAGCUUGAGGAAAAUCAUAUUCAAUAUCCCCUAGAGGAACUUACAGAUACAUUUAUAUCAAGAGACAAAUCUAAAGGGAUCUCUACAAUUAAAAAAUCUUUCAUUUCAAUAACAGAUAGGCAAUCUUAUUACUUCAAAGUAAGAAUAGCUGAUGUUUAUAUGCUUGGUAUACUAAUGUUCUGGAUAUGGUCUGAUGGAGGAAUCUGGAAAUAUUCUGAUAUUCUACAAGAUCAUAGAUAUCAAAAUUUAGUUUCAGCAAAUAUGAAUUUUGAUGUAUUUAGAGAAUGUAGAACCUGGAAUACAGCUCUUAAAUCUUUGUUAUGUAAAAUGUUGCAACCAGAUCCAAAUAAACGUAUUACACUUAAUGAAGUCCUACUAGAUCCUUGGUGGUCAACUCCAAUUGAUCAUCAGUAG